UCCGCGCUCGGCGCUACCAGUUGUGGGACGGGCGCAUUUGGGGCCGACUGUCACAGUGUGCAUGCGACCUUACGGAAACUUCGCAUCGCGUAGUGGACUAACUUAUGUUGAAGUUGUAGUGUAAUUAAACAAAAUGCGGUGGACGGCUUCGGUCAUUUUGUUCGUCAACGUUUUUUAUUUGGUUGUUUCAGCGGAAUCGGACGAAGCGGCGCCGUACCUUCACGUCAUUACCAAGUCAUCAGUCUACAAUGUCGGGGAGAAGAAGGCCAUCUACUGCAAAGGAACAAAUCUCCUUGAAAGGCUGGAGUGGUACUCGAAUACCGGAGAAGUAGUAGAAACACGGUCUAACAAAAACACUAGAGUGUACGUGGAGAGACAGAAGAACGAGUCGUUGACCAAUAGUCUCCUGCUCCUCAUCAUACACAGCACCAAGAUCAAGGACAGCGGCAACUGGACCUGCAAAUCUGGUGCACUUAGCGAAACUAUUGACGUUCUUGUUGGAGAAAAAGUUAACCUAGGAGUCACUCAGGAAGCAACAGAAGGAGAGGAGGGCAAGAACAUAAAAUUGGACUGUGUUGCUAAGGGCCACCCCGCCCCCGCCGUGCAAUGGUACAAGGACAGUGUCCUUAUUGAUGAUGACCGGAGGAAGUAUAUUGUGAGGAAAAGAGAGGAUAACUACCAGCUGGAGAUUAAGAACCUGACGCACACAGAUACGGGCGAGUACAUGUGCAAAGUGACUCAGAAGGUCCUGUCUUACUACACGUACAAACGGGUGCAGCUCACCGUGCAACACAAGCCCCUGAUCGUUAACGACGUAACAAAUGAAGUUUAUUACACAAGGUAUAAGACCGAAGAAGUCUACGCCAUCUUGAAUGAAACGAAAAACAUCACUUGCAGCGCCAUAGCUCACCCUCCGCCGACUUAUCACUGGUUCAGGCGGUACGACAACGGCCUCACAGAGGUACCCAUUGAAGACGAAGAUACGGUUCUUCACUCGGCAGACGGCACCAGCUCCGUGCUGGUCCUGAGGCUGUACAAUGAGAGCUAUCUGGGCGAGUACAAAUGCUCAGCGAACAACACAAAGGGGCAUGUGUCUAUUGUGUUCCACGUCUCCGUCGGGAACAAGCCGACCCCGCCGGAUUUUAUAAGCCUGGUCUCCGCAUCGCCCUAUGAUCUGACCUUCAACGUGACCUGCUCCACUUGCAACAUGGGGGAUGAUGAGUCAGACGAGAUGGCCCAGGACCCCAGGAACUUACCAGUUCUAGGAUAUUCGUUCGCCUUGGUGAAGGUACACAAAGGGUACGAGCCAGACUGGGACGCGGCAACAGAGUUUCUAGUGGACAUUGAAGGCCACAACGACACCCUGUACACCGUGGGCCCGCUAGUCAACGACACGACUUACCACGCGCGAGUCCGCUCCAGAAACGCAGCGGGUUUCUCUGAGUGGUUGAUGGUCACUCCCGACCCUACCACUGCGGCUAACGCUAUCAAAAUUGUCGCCUCCAUCUUACUACUAGUCGUUGCUGUUUUUGUCAAUUUCCAUUAGACUGUUGUGGUUCGUUUUGUUGAAAUUCGGUCGCCAAAAAUAUUGGUUAAACUCUGCUGUUUUGAAUUUUCGUGAGGAGUGGAAAAAGUCAGCUUGUGUCCAACCGAAACUUCAGAUUAAAUUUCUGCUAAAAUAGUCA